AUGAAUCGCCGAAUCAUCCGGACCGUCAUCCAGCUGGCCGCCCUUACUGCAACGAUCAUCAUCCUCGUAGUCAUCCUCGACAGCCAGAUACGUGUUCUUCCGGCCUCGAUACAUGACCAUCUACCGUCUCAUCAUCCCGGGCUCGUUGUCACAGAGCUUACAGUAGCCACCUGUUCCUCCUUAAACGUCUUUUCAAGCUGUACCUUGGACCCGAAAAUAUGGCAUCGGAUCGAAAAAGAUCUAUAUCUAGGUCAAGGAUGGACCUCGAAAGCAUAUCUGCAUGUGCAGCGCAAGAAGGGGACGGAACUUCUUCCGACUGAUAAAAUUGUUGUCGACCUGAAAAUGGGCCGACUAGACCCAGGUGCUGGGACCGAUAAGCAAUGGGAGUCGCGGCCUGGAGGCAUAUGGAUAUUGAGGUUGCCACAUUCAACUGACUCCCAAAAAUCGAUCACGUCUGUGGACGUCCUGUUUGGUCCGGAUGCAGUUGACCCUCGGCCUAACUGGGAAUUGAAAGAUAUUCCAUUACUGUUAGAUUCUAAGAGUGAAGCGAGACUAAGUGUACGGCGAGGGCAGAGUGGGAAAAUUGAGCCACCAGUUCCAAGGAUUCGGAAAGAUGGAAAAUUCAAGAUUAUGCAAGUGGCUGACCUGCACCUUGCGACGGGCCUCGGUCGUUGUCGUGAUCCGAUUCCAAAGCUGGAGGGAGGUAAAUGUGAGGCGGAUACUAGGACCUUGGAGUUUGUUGACAGGCUCCUGGAUGAAGAGAAGCCGGAUCUAGUGGUGCUAAGUGGAGACCAGGUUAAUGGUGACACGGCACCCGAUACGGAAACCGCAAUAUACAAAUUCGCCGAUCUUUUCAUUAAGCAUAAAGUCCCAUAUGCAGCUAUAUUUGGGAACCAUGACGAUGAGGGAGACCUCGAUCGUAGGUCACAAAUGGCCCUCAUGCAGCAUCUACCUUACAGUCUUUCCAAACCCGGACCCGAAGAUAUAGAUGGCGUGGGAAAUUAUAUUGUGGAAGUCCUCGGAAAGGGUUCUGCUUCUGCAUCAGCAUUGACGUUAUAUCUCCUCGACACUCACAAAUAUUCUCCCGAGGAAAAGAAAUAUCCUGGUUACGAUUGGCUGAAAUCAAGUCAGAUAAGAUGGUUCAAAUCAACAGCGGAAGGACUUCGAAAGGCGCAUAAUAAGUAUACGCAUAUUCACAUGAACUUAGCGUUCAUCCAUAUUCCUCUACCAGAAUAUAGGAACCCCAAGAACCAUUUCAUAGGAAACUGGACUGAACCUCCAACUGCUCCUAAUUAUAACUCCGGCUUUAAAGAUGCGCUUGUGGAGGAAGAUGUGGUCCUUGUUAGCUGUGGACAUGACCACGUGAAUGACUAUUGCAUGCUCGAGAAAAAUGCAGAUGGUAAACCAGCGCUGUGGAUGUGUUACGGCGGCGGUGCCGGCUUCGGUGGAUACGGUGGAUAUAACGAUUUUGUCCGCCGUGUCAGGUUCUUUGACAUCGACAUGAACGAGGCUCGGAUUAUGUCAUACAAACGACUCGAAUGGGGCAGAACUCGGGAACGGAUCGAUGAGACCAUGCUUGUCGAUGCGGGUAGACCAUCUGGGCCAGGUGCUUGA